AUGGUGUUAAUCGCCGCCGCCGUUUUUUCAAAGAAUGGAAAAGCUCUCGUGGCAAGACAAUUUGUGACGGACAUGUCGCGGGCUCGCUUGGAAGGACUUUUGGAUGCUUUCCCAAAACUCAUUCAAAGCGAAAAAGAUGCUUCGCUACGACAGCACACUUUUGUCGAGACAGACAGUGUUCGAUAUGUGUUUCAUCCAAUGGAGAACAUUUACAUGGUUCUCAUCACCACGAAGGCUUCAAACAUUUUGGAGGAUCUCGAAACGUUGCGUCUCUUUUCCAGAGUGAUUCCCGAAUAUUGUCGCACCAACGACGAGAAAGAAAUUUUGGCGCACGACUUUGAUCUCAUUUUUGCCUUUGAUGAGAUUGUUACUUUGGGCUACAGGGAGAAUGUGAACUUGGCUCAAAUUCGUACCUUCACUGAGAUGGACUCACAUGAAGAGCGCGUCUUCAUGCAAAUCAAACAAGCACAAGAGAAAGCGGCCAUGGAAGCAGCAAAAGAACGAGCAAAGGAGUUGAAACGGCAACAAAAAGAGGCUUUGAGUCGAGGAGUAUCGGCACGACCUGGAGCCACUGGUUUUGGAAGUAGCUCUGGAAUCUCUUCAUCAUCGGUUCCAACUCCAUCAGUUGUUUCUGAGAAACCAGCUCCACGACCGGCUGCAGCUGCUUCUCGUGCCGGCGGUGGAAAAGCUUUAAAAUUGGGAGCUAAAACGAAAAACGAGGAACAAUUUAUCGAAGAGCUUGCGCAACAAGGACAAGCCGUUACUCCAGUUGCACAACAAGGGCAGCGCGGAGCCCAGGCUCCAACCUCAACAUUUACAACUUCAAAUGUGAAACGAGAACCGGUGCACAUUCGAGUCGACGAGAAAAUCAUUGCCGUGGUGGGACGCGAUGGAGGGCUUCAACAAGCCGAGGUAUCGGGAUCAUUCGCGCUCUCUGUCGCUACUGCUGAUUACAAUACUGUGGCGAUUCAGUUGCAGAACAAUGCCCCCGCCGGUGCUCAACUUCAGACUCAUCCACAUCUCGACAAGAAAGAAUGGCAGACUUCGUCCUUGUUAAAGUUGAAAAGUGCUACUAAGCCAUUCCCUGUUAAUGCCGAAGUUGGUGUUCUGAAAUGGCGGCUUCCACUCCAAGAAGAGGAACAAUUACCACUUGCUUUGAAUGUUUGGCCACAAGAAUCAUCCGAUGGUUGUCAAGUCAACAUUGAAUAUACACUCCAACGAGAAGAUCUCCAGCUUGAUAAUGUUGUGAUUACGGUGCCUCUUCCAGCCGCCACCGCACCAGUGGUCUCCGAAUGCGAGGGUUCCUACGAAUAUCAAAAGUCUCGCUCGCAACUUGUUUGGACAUUACCCGUUAUUGAUGAAAAUAGCUCGACGGGCACUCUGGAAUUCACCGUUCCCAAUGGUCACAGCGACUCGUUCUUUCCGGUGCAUGUCGCUUUCUCGUCGCAAAAGCUUUAUUGCAAUUUGUCGGUGGACGGAGCUCAACUGAUGGAUGGAUCGGCUCCCGUGGUCUACUCAAUUGAAACAAAUUUUGGUGCCGAGAAGUACGAAAUCGUC